AUGGCUGACUCCAAGGGACUUGAGGACAUCGAUGCCGCGCAGAUCGAGUCCAACUACGAUGAGACCACCGACUCCUUCGAUGCCAUGAACCUCAAGAGCGAGCUCCUCCGCGGAGUCUACGCCUACGGUUUCGAGCGCCCAUCUGCUAUCCAGCAGCGCGCUAUCAUGCCAGUCAUCAAGGGCAACGACGUGAUCGCCCAGGCCCAGUCCGGUACCGGAAAGACCGCGACCUUCUCCAUCUCCGUCCUCCAGAAGAUCGACCCCAACAUCAAGGCAUGCCAGGCCCUCAUCCUCGCACCAACCCGUGAGUUGGCCCAGCAGAUCCAGAAGGUCGUCGUCGCCAUUGGUGACUUCAUGAACAUCGAGUGCCACGCCUGCAUCGGUGGUACCUCAGUAAGAGAUGACAUGAAGGCCCUCCAGGACGGUCCACAGGUCGUUGUCGGUACUCCAGGCCGUGUCCACGACAUGAUCCAGCGCCGCGUCCUCAAGACCGACAGCAUGAAGAUGUUCGUGCUCGACGAGGCCGACGAGAUGUUGUCUCGCGGUUUCACUGAGCAGAUCUACGACAUCUUCCAGCUCCUCCCACAGAGCACCCAGGUCGUCCUUCUCUCGGCUACCAUGCCACAGGACGUGCUUGAGGUCACCACCAAGUUCAUGCGCGACCCAAUCCGUAUCCUGGUCAAGAAGGACGAGCUUACCCUUGAGGGUAUCAAGCAGUUCUACAUUGCCGUUGAGAAGGAAGACUGGAAGCUCGACACUCUGUCCGACUUGUACGAGACCGUCACCAUCACCCAGGCCGUCAUCUUCUGCAACACCCGUAGAAAGGUCGACUGGCUCACCGACAAGCUCACUGCUCGUGACUUCACCGUCUCCGCCAUGCACGGCGACAUGGACCAGGGUCAGCGAGACGUCAUCAUGAAGGAGUUCCGCUCUGGUUCUUCUCGUGUCCUCAUCGCCACCGACUUGCUUGCCCGUGGUAUCGAUGUCCAGCAGGUCUCCCUGGUCAUCAACUACGAUCUGCCAGCCAACCGCGAGAACUACAUCCACAGAAUCGGUCGUGGUGGCCGUUUCGGACGCAAGGGUGUUGCCAUCAACUUCGUCACCGCCGACGAUGUCCGCAUGAUGCGUGAAAUCGAGCAGUUCUACAGCACUCAAAUCGAGGAGAUGCCAAUGAACGUUGCCGAUCUCAUCUAA